AUGGCAGCAGUCGCCCAGGCCGCACCGGUGGUGGCUGCGGCCGCCGCACACACCGUCUACCUUCCCGCCGCGUGCCGGGGCAUUUCGCCGCGGGCGGCGAACGGGACGACGACUGGCGCGUUCAGGUGGCGACCCCGCCGGCGCACGCUGGCACGGGCACGGCCGGCGCGGCGCGGGGGCCGAGCCACGGGCCGCCGCCGGGGGCUCGUCGUCGUGGCCGAGUUCGGUGGGACGUACGAGGACGGAUUCGAAGACGUGCACAAGAACAUCAUCAACUACUUCACUUACAAGGCCACGCACACGGUCCUCCAUCAGCUGUACGAGAUGAAUCCCCCAUCGUACACUUGGCUCUACAGUUACAUUAACGUCAACGAUCCAUUAGACGGCGAUUAUUUCCUUCGCUUGCUCGCCAAGGAGAGGCAAGACCUGGCGGAGAGAGUGAUGGUCACGCGCCUCCACCUAUACGGCAAAUGGAUCAAGAAAUGCGACCACACGAUGAUGUACGAGCGGAUCUCCAAAGAGAACCUGGAUAUCAUGCGCCAAAGGGGUCUCUAUAGUGAGCUGGGACCCUUUUUGUCCUUACAAUACAACUCGGUGAAACAUUGUAAGAUGGUUUCCGCACAGGCUGAAGCUUACACGGUAUUAAUUAAGAAGCGAAACUUUAACUACCUCUCAGGCUGUCACAGUGUCACUGACCUGAUCUUUAGGGCCAGUCCUCUGUCCUUCAAGCUGAACUUCACCGAGUCGAACAACAAGGGAGCAGCCACAAUCCAGUUGCAGGAGGAUGCCUUCUACAACAGGGCGAUCAGGCUUACCAAGGAAGAGCUGGAUGGCCAGAUUGCUCAUAGUGUUGGCCGAGCAGCCUUCGCAGAUCCGGUGACCCUCUGGGAUAGCACCACUGGUCAGUUAGCUGACUUCACAACUCGCUUCACAUUCAUGAUAAAAGCUCGUGUUGCUGAUGGCUCGUAUGGUGAGGGCCUCGCCUUCUUCCUCUCACCAUACCCUUCUGUUGUCCCCAAUAAUUCCACGGAUGGUAAUCUCGGCCUCUUCGGUAGUAGUGCUGAUCAGAGUGAGACAUCCAACCAGAUUGUGGCCGUCGAGUUUGACAGCCACAAGAACCCAUGGGAUCCAGAUGACAACCACGUAGGUAUCAAUAUCCAUUCCAUCGUAUCUGUGGAUUAUGUAACAUGGAACAGUAGCAUCAAGGAUGGCAAGGUAGCCAACGCAUGGGUAACUUACCAGGCCAGCUCCAGGAACCUGAGUGUCUUCUUGACGUACAAGGACAGCCCCCGAUUCAGUGGCAGCUCCUCCCUAUCUUAUUCAGUUGAUCUCAGAAAAUAUCUCCCAGAAAAAGUGGCCAUCGGCUUCUCAGCUGCCACUGGUCAAUUGGUAGAGGCUCAUCAGAUACUUUACUGGGAAUUCCGUUCUACUGAUUUGCAGCUGAAGAGUAAGAAGACGAAAAGUGUAUUAGUCAUAAGCUUGGCUACUAGUAUAAGUGGCAUAGUUGCCUGUGGAAGGAGGCCUAUUGUGCUAAAGGAAGAUGAUGACAAGAUCAAUCUGGUUCAAUGGGUGUGGGAUCUCUAUGGAAGAAAUGAGAUCCUUAAUGCAGUUGAUGGGAGGCUUGAUGGUGCAUUGGAUGAGCGUGAAGCCAUGUGCUUGAUGAUUGUGGGGCUCUGGUGUGCACACCCAGACUACAAUUUCCGGCCUUCGAUCCGCCAGGUCUUAAGUGUAUUGAAGUUUGAGGCACCAUUGCCAAGCCUUCCACCCAAGAUGCCUGUGGCAAUGUAUUUUGCACCACCAAUCCAUCUUUGCAGGUUUUCCUACACCUCGUCUGAUGGAACACAGAAGGAGCUGGAGGGGUCCAACAUUUAUGCGAAGACAACAAGCUCGUCCAGCGCAACCAAUGCUUCUAGUUCACCUCCCUCUGUUCACUUAUCACAGAUGGGUUACUAG